GGGGAAGGGCACGGCCACACGCGGUGCCAGGAGCCAACGGCCAAGCCAUCGUGGCGUGCGUGGCCGGCAGCGGCCGACGUCGAGCGACCGGCGCUGUCGGAAGGCCGCGGUCGAUCGGAGACUGGAGCGAUUGCACCCGGCGCCCGGAGCCGACGGCCAAGCUAUCGCGGCGUGAGUGGCUCCCACCGGCCGCGAUCGCUCGGGGAGUUCCAGGAUCCAUCGGCCAAGUCCUCGUGGCGCGAGCGGCCCAUCGGGGCCAAUCAGCGCUGUCGGGAGGCCGCGAUCGCUCGGGGCAGGGAACGAGCGCGCGCGGCGCCAGGAGCCAGGCAGUGCCGCAGCCGUCGCGGCGCGAGGCUGCCGCAGCCGAUUCGCCGGCUGGCCCCGGCUGGCCCUCCCCCUCGUCAACCCCCCCGACCCGCGCCUCCCAGCCCCCCCGCGUUGGCCGUCUGGCUCCGCUCGGGCCAAAGGGCCUCCCCCCCCCGCUGGCGCGCAGGCCAGGCAGCGGGGGCGGAGGAGCCAUGGCGCUGGACACCCGCAUAACGUAGCCUCGAUGCCCUGGCGCGAUGUCCGCCGCGGGGCCUCGCUGCUCUCCGGGGCACGCGUGGGCCGGAACGCCGCUGCUUUGGCUGCUGUGCGGCGUGCUGGCGGGACUACCCCGCUGCGCGACGGCCACCCGCCCAGCGGCGGCGGCGGCGGCCGCCGCCAUUCAGGCCCUGCCGCCGCGGGGCGCCCGCCGGCGCGGGCGGCGGGCGGAGACGCCGCCGCCGCGGCGGCGGCGAAGGGUUCGGCGGCGCUGUCGGCGAAGGGCGGGCCCGCCGGCGCUGGCGCGCUGCUGUCGUUGCGGCCGCCGCUGGGGCGCCAUGAAGACCCCGGGAGCCCGUCGCCGGUGG